CAUGAGCGGCGCCUCCUCGCCUGCCAAUCCUGGCACCUGUGCGCCGAGCCACUGCACCGAGGAGGACCCUACUCCAGGUGAACACCGGGCUUGAAGCCACGGACACCCAACCCCUGUGCAGCGGGUUCUCGCCGGCGGGACCUGCAGCCGCCCACUCGGGCCACCGCCACCGCCUCCUGCAGCCGCGGAGCGCUCAGUCCCUCCGAGACGCCCGCUGCGCCCUGGCCCCUGGGGAUCCUCGCCCUGCACAGGCGCGGCAACGGGCAGGGGUCGUUACAGAGUUGGGUGCAGGAUUCGCCUUUCCUGCUCGUCUCUUCUCCGCCCAGGAUUUAUUGUCUGUGGAGCCUUCUGGGGGCGGGGAAGGAGCUGCGCCUCCGCCACCGCCGCCGCCGCUGCUGCUGCGGUUGCUAGCGCGGCGCGCUGGGCAGGCUGAGGCUGGGGAGUGGACGCGCUCCUGCCUCCCCCGCCGGCGCUUCGGGCUUCCCCUCGGCCCCUUCCCGCGGGAAGCUCUCCAGCCGUCUACCUGAAGGGCACCGGCAUCAUGGUCUAACGUGGCACCUUCCUGGAUUCCCCUCUAUCUCCUGUUCUUCCUACCUUCUACUCCUUCCCUCCUCUUCUCCUCCUCCGAGGACCUUGGCGCCCACUCCACUGCGGACCCCUGAACACUUAAGGAAUAACCCUUGGCAGCUGCACAACUACGCUCUCCGAAACCUCAUGGGCAGUUUCUCCCGCCGGCGAUGAUGGAGAACCUAAUAAGGGGAAGGAACCCCCCACAAUACCAGAGAAGUCCUUGUAAAGAGGUUCGUGCAGCACUUCGGAAAAGGCCUGAAGAGGAGUUGCAGUGCCUGGAGAUGACCACCAAACGGAAAAUCAUCGGCCGUCUGGUGCCGUGCCGAUGUUUCCGAGGUGAAGAAGAAAUCAUCUCAGUUUUAGAUUACUCCCACUGCAGUCUUCAGCAGGUGCCAAAGGAGGUCUUUAACUUCGAACGAACAUUAGAGGAGCUUUACCUAGAUGCCAAUCAAAUUGAAGAACUACCCAAGCAAUUGUUCAACUGUCAAGCUCUACGAAAACUAAGUAUUCCUGAUAAUGACCUUUCAAAUCUGCCAACCACUAUUGCUAGUUUAGUUAAUCUUAAGGAACUCGACAUCAGUAAAAAUGGUGUACAAGAAUUUCCAGAAAACAUAAAGUGCUGUAAGUGUUUAACAAUUAUUGAAGCCAGUGUCAAUCCCAUUUCUAAACUCCCUGAUGGCUUCACACAGCUCCUAAACCUGACCCAGCUCUACCUGAAUGACGCCUUUCUUGAAUUUCUUCCAGCCAAUUUUGGAAGACUUGUCAAAUUGCGGAUCUUGGAGUUAAGAGAAAAUCACUUGAAAACUCUACCAAACAUCUGAAGAUCCAGAGUGUGCCCCUUGCCCAAUCGCCUGAGACUAUACAGUGACACCUACAACAGAGGAUGUGGAGGGAGCAGCUUUUCGGGCACCAGAAAUGGCAGCAUCAGGAGCAUCAGCACGAAUAGACUUUGUAGAGGUAGUUCUCCCAAACUAUAUUACGAAACCAAACAUUUUUGGUGCGCUACCUGCUGAUGGGGGCUGCCUUCUUACUGCCUAGUAUCUACAAAAUGUUUGGUCUUUGUUAAAGUUUAACAAUGACAUUUAUGACUAAUAUAGAAAGACCUGAUUUUUUUCCAAGUGUGUUCAGUUGCCAUAACUUUCAAUGAAUAUGAAAUUUUAUCAGUCUCAAAAAAACAUUAAUACCCAUAUUUUUAUCUGAUUGAUUUCACUAUUUGUUAUGUUAAGGUGCUGUUGUGUAUAAUUUGUAUAUUUUUUAUAUGGAUCAAACUAAGCCAUCUUUUAAAAGUCAUCCUAAUGCAGUAAAUAAGAUAAUUUCUCUAGUUUGUUAAAUUCUUCAGAGACUGAAUACAAUUGCCUCGUUUUUCUGUCAUACUCCCUGAUGAUGUUCCAUUGUGGACUUAUUUUGCAAAGUUCCCAGAUGGCACAAUCAAAAUAUGAAACGCUGGUGAUUGAUUGAUUUUAUGUAUCCUUUCAUCUUAAGUAAUUUAAUGUGAAACAGUUAUUUUCUAGCUCUAAAAUACAUUUGUUAAUUAACCAUAUUGGCUUUUCGUGCAGUUCAAUGACUUAUAGCAUUUCAAUUUGCAUACAAAAUGAGUCUCUGUAAUGGUACUUUUGCUAAAUAAAUAACAAUCGACAUAAUGGGUUCAUUUGCUUUUAAUAUUUUAUACAUAUAGUUUAGAAGUAGGAUAUAUUUCAUAUUGAAAUUUUGAAAAGAUUGAAAUUCAACAUACAAGGGUCACCAUCUUCUUACUAUGCCUAAUGCAGUACAGCAAAUUCACUCUUCAUCCCAUAUUAACUCCUUUUUGGAACAAGGCAAAAUACAAAUAAUUUACAAUGACUGUGUUGGAGCUAGUGCUUGAUUAAAUACAAUUCAAAGGUUCUUUUUAUAAAACAGGUAUGAGCAGGACACACUGAGCUUACAGGCUUUUCCUAUUGUUUAGUUUCUAUUUCAUUUUACUGCCUAGGAAAGAAACACAUUUUUUUGCAAAACCUAUGCUAUUGGAGCUGAAAUGUACUUUCUUGAAUAUUUCUAUUCUGUUUUAUGAAUUUCAAUUAUGUGAAAUAUAGAAAUAUAAAAUUGCCUUAGAAUGCGUAACUCUUUGUAUAAAACAUAUAUCUGAAAGUAGAUGUUGAUUUUUUGUUAAACUUGUGUAAAUGCUGAUUUUUCCAUGAGUACUUAUGAAGAUCUGUAUGUAAAAAUUUUAAGUCUACUGUGUUUGUACCAUCUGUUUUUAGCUGUGUAUACUAUAUGCUAAUUGACUUCUGUCAUUGUCACAUAUAUUGAAUAUAUCACUGAAAACGUAAAAGGUAUAUUGCUAUUCUAAAAACAAAAUUGUAAAUUCCUGA